UUUGCAUUUGAAAAUUUUUUUUCUUAUCAUUGCUUACCGCGGGCCCAACAUGCAUAUCGCAACUUGUUUGGUUUCUGUCUUAUUGGUGGGCGUUACUGUAGUAGCAGCUAAGCGAGGCGCGAAGCUGAACAAACUGCAUGGCGACAACAUCCAGAAAGUCAAGGAGCAUUUCAAGAACCAGCAACGCGGCGCCAUAUGGGAGCCGGCGGAGAACGAUUUCACCGGCAUGGAGCAUGACGAGCUGAAGACUCUGUGCGGUACCAUAAUUCCCACUAAAGCAUCCACCAUCAAUGACCCCCACGUUGCACCGGCUCCUUCCGUCCGCCGUGUGGCACUACCGGCCAGUUUCGAUGUGCGCACCCAAUGGCCCAACUGCGUCAGCAUGAAGGAAAUCCGCGAUCAAGGUCAAUGCGGUUCUUGCUGGGCGCACGCAGGAGCUUCUUCGCUGUCCGACCGUUAUUGCAUUGCCAGUGGCAGUGCUAAUUCUUACCGGAAAUUAUCGGUGCAAGACUUGAUUGUCUGCAGUGGAGGGAGCAAUCAAAACUAUUGUAACGGAAAUGAUCCUCGAGUACCCUAUGCCAUGGCCGUUAGCAGCGGUAUUGUGACCGGUGGCGACUACCAGAGCACGACAAACCAAGGAUGCAUGCCGUAUGUAUCCUACACUCAGGCUGCAGCGACCGCUACAUCCACCAGUCAGUGCACCCAAACCUGCUCCAAUUCAGCCAUUAAUUACAGCCAAAACAAAACAUAUGGUUCCAGCUGGUACGCACUGGGAAAUAACUUUGCCAAUAAUUCGGGCGGAGCCGCCGCAUCCAUCGCUACCACCGACACGGUAAUUCACCAAAUUCAGUACGAACUGAUGACCAACGGCCCGAUGACGGUCAGCAUCUCGGUAUAUUCUGACUUCUUCGCAUACAAAUCCGGAGUUUAUCAACAUGUCACUGGUAACUACUCCGGAGGCCACGCCAUGAAACUGAUCGGGUGGGGCACCGAAAGCGGCACUGACUACUGGCUGAUUGCUAAUUCUUGGGGCUACGGCUGGGGCAUUAACGGGACCGUGAAGUUCAUCCGCGGCAUCAACCACCUAGGCAUCGAAGACUACAUUGUUGCCGGAUUAGUCAACCCCACCGCAACGACAUCCACUCAGAGCAUACCUUGCGAUGUAACGGGAUGCCAAGGCCGUCAACAGUACGCGAUGACCUCAGCCAACGUCUGCUCCAACCAGUACUGCGCUUGUAGUUAUCAGACCGGUGUAUGGAACGCCACGAGCAAUGGAUGGGACUGGAAGAACGUCAACGCGCCCAAAGUCUUCACAUGCCCGACCGGUCAGUCGUACGACGCUUCGGCCAGCACCAUGGGUUGCGUCAGUACGAGUUCCAUUCCUGCCUGCAGCGGUGCUACGUCGUCAACAGCCACACAAGCGACAACCGCAGCGGUGACCCAGGUGCCGAUAACCACAACGACCGCCGCGGCAACAACGACCACCACCGCCGCUCCCGUGGCCGGUCGCCCGACCGGUGGUUUUGACUGGUGUGAUCCGACAUUCUGUGCCAAUAAGGCUAACGGCAAUUACGCCACCGCGCCCUGUAGUUCGAACUACUGUAAAUGCACUGGUGGAACCGGGGCGUGGUAUGGGUGCGGCACCGGGAAAGCCUUCGACGCGACCACUCGCACGUGCUUGGCCACCAGCGCUACCUACUGCCAGAAAGCGGCCGGUCUCCCGGCCAACACCACCGUCUGGACGACUCCCGUGCCAACGGCCACGUCUAGCAUGUGCACUCUGGCGAAUUGCCAAGCACGGGAUUUGCCCAAUAACUGGUGGUUCUCCAUUGGACAGUGCAGUCCCUGGUGGUGCUAUUGCGACAAGAGCUCGACGCCGCUGAGGCCCUUGGUACAAACAUGUGCAGCGGGGAAUGUAUUCGACUUCCGUUCGGAGAUCAGCAGCUGUCAAAAUGUUAAUGUUGUACCAUACUGUUAAAAGUUUGCAUACUGAAAAGGAAUCGAUGUUAAUAAUUUCGCGUACUUGAACUUUAAUUUCCGCUGAAUUACUGAAUUUCCGCUGAAUUAGAAUUACAGGGAAAUGCUAGCUGUGAAUUAAUAAAUUUGGCGUCUUUUGUGCCAGUAUGCAAA